CGUCUACAACCCCAAUUAGGUUUGUAAGAGUAUGAAUGUUAUCACAGUAUAUUCAGUAUAUACAAUGUAUCUUCAUUCCAAAAUGUAAUCCUUGUCUCUAUUCGAUCAGAGUUUUUUCACUCAUUCACUUUCAGGAUUGUGUUCUUACCUGGAAUUACUUCAUAGCUUGACAUGGGGAGAGCGCCACCUGAGUUUCCUUGCCUAACAGAUAUGGACCCAGACAGAAUCAGUUACUUACCGGGUCAUGUAAUAGACCAAAUUUUGUCACAUUUGUCAAUUAAGGAAGCAGUGAAAACAAGUGUUUUAUCUAGCAAAUGGAGGUACAAAUGGGCCACGCUACCGAAUCUUGUGUUUGAUAACCAAUUUGUCUCUGCGGCUGUUCAGGACCAUAUGAUUGUAAAGAACAAGCUUUUGAGAACUGUUGAUCAUGUACUGCUACUUCAUUCUGGGUCAAUCAACAAGUUCAAACUCUCCCAUCGUGAUCUCCUUGGUGUGACUGAUAUUGAUCGUUGGACGCUUCAUGUAUCUAGAAAGGCUGUUAAAGAGUUUGUGCUGGAAAUCUGGAAAGGACAGCGGUAUAAGAUACACUCGUGUUUAUAUUGUUGUCAAAGUUUGACUCAUUUAGAAUUGUUUAAUUGUUGGCUUAAACCUCCAUCUACAUUUAAAGGCUUCAAGAACUUAAAGAGUCUUGAUCUGCAACAUGUUACCUUGGCUCAGGAUGCUUUUGAAAACUUGAUAUCCAACUGCCCAGUGCUUGAACGGCUGACAUUGAUGAACUUUGAUGGUUUCACUCAUCUUAAUAUUGAUACACCGAAUCUCCUGUUUUUUGACAUUGGGGGUAAAUUCGAGGAUAUUAGCUUUGAGAAUACUUUCCAAUUAGCUGUGGUAUCAAUUGGUUUGUAUGUGAACUUUGAAACCAAUCAAAGUAGACUUCGUGGAGGCUAUAGCAAUUUGCUCAAAUUUUUUGUUAAUCUGCCGCACCUGCAAAGGCUAGAGAUUCAGAGCUAUUUUUUAAAGUAUUUGGCAGCGGGGAUUGUGCCAAUAAAUCUUCCAAGACCGUGCAUUGAUCUAAGUUAUCUUUCUAUACGAAUAAACUUAAAUGAUUUGAAGGAAAUCUCAGCUGCUCUUUGCCUCCUAAGAAGCUCCCCUAAUCUACAAGAACUAGAAAUAUUGGCUCGACAGGAGGAGAAGACUCUUAUGAUAACGCACAACUAUUGUUGGGAAGAUGUGUUUUUUUCUUGUCCAGAGAUGCAUAUGAGAAAUGUGAAGAUAGAUGGCAUAUCUGGUAUCAAACCUGAAUUGGAUUUUAUCAGCUUUCUACUUCUACACUGUCCUGUGUUGGAAAGGAUGACUGUGAUUCCUGUUUCAAACAUGGAAACAGAACUGAUGAAACAACUGUUGCGGUGUAGGAGAGCCUCAAGACAAGCUGAAAUCAUUUACCUCGACCCUUAGAGUGCCUUCAGAAACAAGUUUUACACCAAUGUGGAAAGAACUCUGAAGCUAAAACUGGUAGUAUUACUUUUCUUGGAAGAAGCUACUGUGUUGCAUC